AAAAUGUCUGGUAUCCGCAAGUUUGGGUUGCAACACUGCGAUCUGCCCACUUCAAUGGAGAAUGUUGCCUUCUUCAUGAAAGCUGUUACCCUGAAGAUUGAUGAGCGCGAUGAGGGAACGAUCCCUGUCAUCUUCUACUUCUUGACACUGUUCUGCAUCGCGUGCUACCUGUACGUGUACGUGGUUUCCAUGAUCUGGUUCGUCUUCAGCCGCUGUCCAGUCACCGGCGAUGUGCUGGCUGCCCUCAUCGUCUUCUCCUUGGGUGUAGCCAGCGAGAUCAGCACCGUCAAGUUUUUGUAUAUGAGGAUUCAUAUCAAGGACGUCCGCAAAAUGGUAACAGAUUGUCUGGACUCCUACUCCAAAGUGGUGCCUGGGACCAGGUUCUCCAACAACCUGCUGCGAACCCUCAGGGAGGCGAAGAGACGGGCCAUGCUGUUCUGGAUGGUCAUCAUCGGUAACGGACUGAUGUAUGUUGUAAAACCACUACUUCUACCAGGAAGACAUUUCAUGGAUGAUGUCGUUUUGCUUUAUGGUUUAGAACCGAUGUUCGAGACACCAAACUACCAAAUAUCAUUUAUCUUAAUGGGCUCCUCGUGUGUUCUCAUUUGCUACCUCUGUGCGAACAUCUCCGCUUUCCUGAUCAUCAUUACGGGGUACGUUCAGGCCCAAAUGUUGGCUCUGAGUGUAGAACUGACACAUCUUUGGGAAGACGCCGAAGAAAAUUAUCGAGGAAAUAAACUAGAAGACAUUACUGAUGAUGGUGAUCAAAAUCAUGAAAACAAAGAUGCAAUACUCAAUGAUUAUGUGACUGUACAUCUUAAAGAUAUAGCUAAAAGCCACGCUGAGAAUAUAAAUCUGUUAGGUCAGAUUGAAGGCACUUUUAGAGGAGCUAUUGCGAUAGAAUUCUGUCUCUUAGUCAUUGCUCUUAUAGCCGAAUUGUUAGGAGGAUUACAGAACACCUAUAUGGAAGUUCCUUUCGCGUUGAUGCAAGUAGGUAUGGACUGUUUAAUAGGUCAGAGGGUUAUGGAUGCAGGAGCAGUGUUUGAAGAUGCAGUGUACGAUUGCAAAUGGGAGAGAUUCAAUAAAAAGAAUAUGAAGACAGCUAUGGUCUUGUUGUUGAAUGCACAAAGGCCUAUGACGAUCUCCGCGGGCGGAGUGACUACCUUAAGUUACGUCAGUUUCAUGACUAUUAUAAAAUCUAUAUAUUCUACUUACACUACUUUGAGGUCCACUAUGGAUGAACCGUAA